UUGAGUCUUUGGAUCUCUCCUCAGUAGCAAUAUGUUGGCCCUGGAUGCAGCACAGACACAGAGAGGCAACAGGCAGACCGAGUGAGGACGUGUGAUUCUUUUAACAAUGGACUAAAACAGGAAUCUUGAUACUGUCGAGCACAGUAGACACACUAGAGCUCCACCACCUUGCCAUGGAGGGGUCGGCUGCAAAGAAAACAGGAUAUGGGCAUCUCAAAAAAGAGUCCUCUGUUGGCCAUCUACUUCUGUCCCGUCAGUCUGCAGCAGACUGCAACAGCGAUGAGGUCGUUCACCCCAGGAAACUCAACGGCUCCUCAGCGGAGACGCCGAGUUACCACAACCUGCACCGGGAGCUGCUGCUCAGCCAUAAACGCGGCCUGCUGCUGGAGGAGAAACCAGAGCUGAAGCGAGUGUUGGAGCAGCGGAGACUGGAGCUGCACAAGGAGGAGGAGAUGGCACAGCGGCGGCCCUCGGACCUGGAGACGGAGCUCCGCAAGAGGCAGCAAAAGCUGCAAGAGUAUGAGCAGGAGGAGAUAAGACGACGGGAGAACCAGCAGAAGAUCCCAGAGUUUGUCCGUGUGAGGGACAACCUGAGGCGGACACAGACGUCUGAGCAGUGAGGCCCUAAGGCUCCCAUCAGCCCCAGCAGCAUCUCACCAUAGUGGCCCUAAAUAUUUAUGGUCACUUUCCACUGAGCUACACACACACACACACAAAAACAACAACAACAACAUCCCAACACCAGCCUACUUCACAUUUCUUAUAAAUUUAAUCAGAAUCAGGGAAACACAUCGUUCAUAUCAGCUGUACCACAUGGAUCCAUAUUUAGAAAUACCUUCUUAUUAAGUGUUCGUUUGCUUAUGAUAAUUGGAAGUGCUCAUUUUUUAUUCAGAAUCAUGUGGAGCAAUGACUGUACUGCGGUUGGAUAUUUUUUAUGUUUUUGUUUGUUUGUUUGUUUUUAAUAGUCAUUAUACCAUUUAUUUUUUGAAUAAAUACUUCCUCCUGGUUUAAAGGAGCGUGUGACUGUUUGCUUCGUUAAAGGACCACAACAGUUGAGCCUGAUUCUACCUUAUAAGACGACUGCUUGAACAGACCUGUUUUGUACCAAUAAAAAUCCCCUCAACGUUGCAAAUGUG